AUGGAAAGCGAGAACGCGCCGGCACUCGCCGCGCUUGACAACGAUCACCACAACUACACCUUCGAGCAGGAGCUAGGCGGCCUAACAGCCAUGCCCACCAUGUCUGGAUUGGAAGACAAUCCAAUGUUGACGCAGACACCCCGUCGUCCGUCACCCGACAGCAACAUGCACGCCGCUCCCUGGCYCGAAACGCCCCAGCUUGUUACCGAUCACGGGGUACCGAGCAAUCUACGCGACAGUCAUGGGCAGCAAGAGAAAGAGCUUCCGCAGGUUCCGGCGCAACCGAACCCCGCCAUAGAGGGCUCCACCGCCAUUCUGGAUCGCAAGCCGAGUGAUGCUUUGGUUCUUAGCGAUGACGGCAACGACAUUCAUAACGGCACCAUGUCUGCCAUCCUGCAAGAUAGCCAAACCCAGCUCUCGCUCGGUCCAGAGGCUCCGAGCACGCCCUCUCAUAUGGAACCGACGACUGCCGCUGCCUCUCCAGAGCACAUAACAGAAGAAGCCUUUGCCAUGCUCAAAUUCAAUGACAGCCAUUGCUAUGUGCGCUCUACCAAUCUUGUCAUCGGCCGCGACAUGAACUUUCUAGCCAAAUACCAGCAGCAGAAGAAGGACGAAAAGAAGAAGCGUGCCAGAGCCUUGCAAGCACGGCGUGCCCUUGACAUAUACGCGCGUGAGCCAAGUCAGCCAUCGCUCAUGGGCGAUGAUGAUCCUUCCGGUGAGUCUCUGGAAGGCCGACCCGAGCCAACCGGACCUCUUAGCGUUUUCAGCGUUUUCAGCGAGCAAGGUGGCCCUGUUGCAUACAACAACCCCUACUCAGAUGAUGAGAAUGAGGAGCACAGCAGGGUCAGACGUCGCGAUCGCAGGAACAAGUCGUCAUCGAAUACUUCAGUUGCGCCCAAGAGCUUAAUGGCGUUUGCUGAAGGAGAGAAUCUGCAAGCUGAGAACCGCUAUGCCGCCGAUGGCACUCUCACAGACCCUCGCCAAUGGGCACAGCUGCCGGUUCAUCCCCCAAUUCCUGCAGAUAUCAAGAAAAUCUCAAGGGAACAUCUCCUCUUUCAUUACGAUUCUGRUAGAGGGAAGUGGCUACUGGAUGUGAUUGGCAACGGUGCUAUAUUCAAUGGUGUAUCCUACAUGAAGGACACUACAGAUCUGGAGCUCAACCACAAUGACGAGAUCUUCAUCGCGACGUUGGGAAUGCGGUUCAUGCUUCCCGAAAGCGUCGUCAAUGAGUCCGAGCAGGAGGAGGAGGAGGAAGAGGAGGAGGAACAGACGUCCGCAACAAAAUACGCUGGACACGGCUCGAGCACAAGUCCGGCUCGAAGACUGUCGGAACUCUUCAGUGCGGAUGACAGCAGUGACGAUGACGACGAACCACUUGCACAAGUACGGGCAAGUGCAAAGCCACCAGUUCCUAAGCUCAAGCUCAAGUUCAAGAAGCCUCUGCCCAAAGACGAUCUCGCUUCGGAGCCAGAAAUUGUUGGAGGGAAUGGCAAGGGUAAGGGCAAAGGCAAGGCAGCAAAAAGCAAGGACAAAUCUGAGAAGGCCGAAAAGUCUGAGAAGUCUGAGAAAAAGCCUGAAAAGAAGUCUGAAAAGAAGCCUUCCAAGAAUGAAUCAAAGGCAGCUCUCAGGGAGGAGCCGCCUCCGCAACCAACAGAGGGUUCGAAUACGACUGACAUUACUAGAAAGCCCAGCGAUGCAGUACGGGAGGCCGGACCAAGCAUCGCUACAGGCGCGAGUACCGAGCAGUCACCUCCCGUGGUUCCACAUGUCAUUGACCCAACCUCAGUUCUUGCCAAUCUCGCGCCAGAUCAGUUACCUGAAAAGCGAAAGGGUCCUGGUCGGCCUCCAAAGAAUGGUCUUUUGUCCAAGAGAGAUGAGUCUGGAGUCAAGAGAAAGACCAAGGAAUUUGAAAGACGUGGUGUUCCCGUCCCAGCUUUGGAGACAUUGAUUGCGAUGGUACGUCAGGAGCAAAAGGCCAAAGAUGCCGCAAACAAGGCCCAGGCUCGUGGGGAGCCCGUUCCAGACAUGCCAAUGCCGAGCAUCGAAUCCUCGGACAUGGCGCAGGAUGGCGAGCGAGGACGCCAGCAGACUCCAAGAGAGUCUCACGCCAUUGAGAGCGGCAGUCCGGGUGCUGACAGAAAGCUGUCGCCGAGACUGCCGCGACCAAUCCCGAGAGAAGCAUCGCCCAUCAAACCAGUGACAGAAUUCACUGAGGAGGAACUGAAGAAACCGAACAUGACUUACAUCUACAUCAUCGAUGAGGUCCUUCAGAACGUCGAAGGUGGCAAGGCGGAUCUGCAGGCUAUCUACGACAAGAUUAUGAAGCGAUGGCCGUUCUACAAGUACAAGGUCGGCUCGUUGGGCUGGCAGAGCAGUGUCAGGCACAAUCUACUGUCGUGCGAUCGCUUCAGGGACGCUGGUAAAAGCGGCAAGGGAAAGCUCUGGGCCAUCAACCACGACCAUCCGCUCGACAACAAAAAGCGGAAGCCGUCGCCUCCUCCUCGACCAAUGCAAAUGCCGAUGCAGAAUGGCCAGAUGCCGAUGCAGAACAUGGGUCAGAAUCAAUUCGGACAGCCGCAUUAUAACGGCCAGUACCAGCAGCCUGGUAACGGCCAGCAGCCAUAUGCUGGCAAGCCGGGUUCAGGCCCUUACUACAGUCCAUAUACACAGWCCGGGAACUAUCCUCCAAACGGCGCACAUGGCAUGAGCCAGRGCUCAAAUGGUGCAUAUCCGGCGAACGCUUMUCAGAAUCCACAGCCCCACGUACAGCAGCCUCCUGCACCUCCCAAUCCUUUCCAGCCUGUCAUUGAUGCAAUCCUGAGCUUCAGAACAGCAUGGCUUGCGUCACUCUCUGAGGACUCCGAACUUAAGCCUGACGAACUCAAGGCUCACGAAGAUGCAUUUGCUCGUGGGACAAAUUACUUUUCGACGUUGUACCACGGUUCCGGUGAUGCGACAGUGACAGACGCCGAAAUCAGUAGCGUUGAGCCAUUCAUGACGCUGAAGAGCAUUUUCGAAGAACACAAAUACCUCUUCGAGCAGAAGCCUGCAGAAGCAAAUGGGCCUACAGGAGGAGCUCCCGGUGCAAGCUCUGGCAGCCAGCCUGUGAAACAAGAGCUCCCGGCGGAGAGUAAUGGUCCAGUCUCUGGAAUGCCUCCGGCGGCCAACCAGGCUCCAAUGUCACAUGGCGGGCCCGCUGGCACUUCGAACCAUCCUUCGCCAAUGCCGUUGCAAGAUGCGACGCAAACCCGUCCACUUGCUGCAAAUGGAAAUUCCACGCAGGAGCAUGACACGCAGAUGACCAGCGCGGCCGAUUUGACCGCUGCUGCCAAUUCAAUCACUGUCAGCAGUACCCAACUGACCCCCGGCACAGAAAUUCCAACGCCCUCCAACGUCGCCUCCAAUGGCGCGCCCGCAAGCCUGCCGWUGCCUUCAGUUGCAAUGGCCAACGCUGGGCCUUCUGGCGUGUCGAUGGCACCGCCUGCAUCCGUCGUUGAACCAUCUGUGGUCGACAGCGACCCUGCACAUGCUUCUUCCACGGCAGAAGCGUCCGGCGGGCAGUCAAGUGCACUGCCACUGGUUGCGCAGGCGUCGAUGAGAUCUACUGAUGAGAGUCAGCCAGGGGCAGGUGUUUCAGUUGUAUCGCCAGCGGCUCCAAUGACGGCUCAGCAAGCAGCACCAAARCCGACUGAUACCCCUAUAGCGGUUGAAGCGCGACUGCCUGCAACUCCCGCUACUGGGCAGACUUYAGCAACAAUCGGUGAACCUUCUAUGUCUUCGGGUGGUACAAAGCGCUCRGCGGACGAUAGCGAGGCUGGCGUGGAAGACGGCGAUUCCAAGCGACUGAAGCUAUCUUGA